UCCAAAAGACACUCCCAAAACAAGUCCAAAAGAGACUGUGAAAAUACUUCCCAAAGACACUCCUAAAACAAGUCCAAAAGAGGCUGUGAAAACACCUCCAAAAACACUUCUAAAACUCGUCCAAAAGAGACACCUAAAAUGGUUCCUAAAGGGGCAUCUAACACACUUCCUAAAAUGGCAGCUAAAGAAGCCCCUGAACUAUCCACCCAAACAUUCCCUGAGCUUGAUGUCAAACACAGCUUCCAACCGAGCCAGACCAAGUCAUCCACCAUGUACCGUAGCCAGAGCGAGAUCCGGUCCGAGAAUGUUGUAGAGGAGGUGCCCAAGUCCUGGAGCAGCCGUCUCAGUAUCGACCUCACCGACAAAGCUCCGUCCUUUAGCUUUGGGUUCGGCUCCACCCUGAAGAAGGCAAAAUCAGCCCUGGAGGUGGUGUGGAAGUCAGGCCCUCCACCUAGUGCCACUCCCCCGGAGCCACCCCCAGACUCAGGCUCCUUCAUGGGCCGCUUCCGCACACUGUCCACAUCCACGGCCAACGACUCCAGCACCACUAUUGACUCAGACGUCUACACAGAUUCCUUAGUCUACAAGGCUGAAGAUGAAGAUGAGGCUGCCGCUGGUGACCAGCUGGAGGACAACGAGACUGCCUAUGUAGGGGUGAUGGAGCAGGUCCUGGCCAACCUGGAGAACCGGUCCAACGCCAACGACACAGAAGAGACAGAGGAGUUUGAGGAGCCCAUACUGGAUUAUGAUCCUGAUGCCUCUCAGGAUUAUGUCUCUGAAGACUAUGAGGCUACCACCCAGGAUUAUGAGGACUCUGAUGAAGUUGAGGCCACCCAGGAGGCUGCAGUCGUUCUGGUGUAUGACUGUAGUCUGGACGAGCAGUACAACGAGGAGUACAGUGAGGAUUACGUUGAUGAUGUCAUGACGGGGGACAUGGCAGAGGACACAGCAGAGUAUGAGGCCAUGGUGGAGUAUGUCGAGGUGGAGGAGCCUGACGAGGAGGAAGAAGAGGAGGAGGAGGAGGAAGAGGAGUUAAUGGAGGACAUGGAAGAGGGGGAUGAGAUGGAGGAGGCCUCCGAAGCGUCUGCGUCGGAGAGGAAGGUAAACCUAGAGGAUGAGAACAAAAACAUUCCGGAGAAGAAGGAGAUGCCUGCAGAGGCUCCACCCAAAAAGCGAAUCCGUCCCACGUUUAAGGAGGCUGCGCUGAGGGCCUACAGGAAGCAGAUGGAUGAGCUUCAGCAGCAGAUCCUGGCUGGAGAAAAACCUCCACCACACAACAAGCCUCUCAAUGUGCUGGAUCCCAAAGUACUGGGCCUACAGGCUGCCGGAGGAGCUGGCUGCAUUCUUUAUGGCAUUGACAGCAUGCCAGAUUUACGCCGCAAGAGGACCUUACCUAUUGUCCGAGACCUGGCUAUGACUCUCGCUGCUCGAAAGGCAGGCAUCUCGUUCGCCCUGGUGACUAGAUCGACCCUGAACAACGAGGACCUGAAACUGCAUGUGUUUAGGAAGACGUUGCAGGCGUUGAUCUAUCCCAUCUCGUCUACGACGCCUCAUAACUUUGAGGUGUGGACGGCCACCGCCCCAACCUACUGCCACGAGUGUGAGGGCCUGCUGUGGGGCAUCGCCAGGCAGGGUAUGCGCUGCUCUGAGUGUGGUGUCAAAUGCCACGAGAAGUGUCAGGAUCUACUCAACGCCGACUGUCUACAGAGGGCGGUGGAGAAGAGUUCUAAGCAUGGCGCUGAGGACAAGACCCUGAACAUCAUCAUGGCCAUGAAGGAGAGGAUGAAGAUCAGGGAGAAGAACCGUCCUGAGGUGUUUGAGGUCAUCCAGGAGAUGUUUGGGAUCUCUAAAGAGGACUUCACUGGACACCUGAAGACUGCCAAGCAAGCAGUGCUGGAGGGAACAUCCAAGUGGUCCGCCAAGAUCAACAUCACAGUGAUGUGUGCCCAGGGUCUGCAGGCCAAGGAUAAGACAGGUUCCAGUGACCCCUAUGUGACUGUCCAGGUAGGGAAGACCAAACGGCGUACCAAGACCAUCUUUGGGAACCUCAACCCUGUCUGGGACGAGAAGUUCUUCUUUGAGUGUCACAACGCUACAGACCGGAUCAAGGUGCGUGUGUGGGAUGAGGAUGAUGACAUCAAGUCUCGCAUGAAACAACACUUCAAACGAGAGUCAGACGACUUCCUGGGUCAGACCAUCAUCGAGGUCCGCAUGCUCAGCGGGGAGAUGGAUGUGUGGUACAACCUAGAUAAGAGAACUGAUAAGUCGAUGGUGUCGGGAGCCAUCAGAUUGAAGCUCAACGUGGAGAUGAAGGGAGAGGAGAAAGUAGCUCCGCCCCACGGCCAGUACACCUGUUUACAUGAGAACCUGUUCCACCACCUGACGGAGGUAAAGAACAGUGGAGCGGUGAAGAUCCCAGAGGUGAAAGGAGAGGAGGCGUGGAAGGUCUACUAUGACGACGUGUCCCAGGAGAUAGUGGACGAGUUCGCCAUGAGAUACGGAGUAGAGUCCAUCUACCAGGCCAUGACGCAUUUCUCCUGUCUGUCCUCUAAGUACAUGUGUCCAGGGGUCCCAGCGGUGAUGAGUAACCUGCUAGCCAACAUCAACGCCUACUUUGCCCACACCACCACCGUCUCAACCAACAUCUCUGCCUCCGACCGCUUCGCUGCAUCCAACUUUGGGAGAGAGAAAUUUGUCAAACUUCUAGAUCAGCUGCACAACUCUCUGAGGAUUGAUCUGUCCAAGUACCGGGAUAAUUUCCCAGCUGGUAACCCAGAGCGUCUCCAGGACCUGAAGUCUACUGUGGACCUUCUCACCAGCAUCACCUUCUUCAGGAUGAAGGUACAGGAGCUACAGAGUCCUCCCAGAGCCAGUAUGGUGGUGAAGGACUGUGUCAGGGCCUGUUUAGACUCAACAUACAAAUACAUCUUUGACAACUGUCAUGAACUCUACAACCAGCUACUAGACCAGGCCCGUAAACAGAAUCUUCCCCGGGAGGAGCAGGGUCCGUCUAUAAAGAACCUGGACUUCUGGCCCAAGCUCAUCACUCUCAUGGUGUCUGUGAUCGACGAGGACCGCACCGCCUACACCCCUGUCAUCAACCAAUUUCCCCAAGAGCUGAAUAUGGGGAAGGUCAGCGCUGAGUUCAUAUGGAACCUGUUUGCCAUGGACAUGAAAUACGCCAUGGAAGAGCACGAUAAGCACCGUCUAUGCAAGAGCACAGAAUACAUGAACCUUCACUUUAAAGUCAAGUGGUUCCACAACGAGUACGUCCGUGAACUGGCUGCCUUCAAGGACACACCCCCUGAGUAUUCUCUGUGGUUCGAGCCGUUUGUCAUUCAGUGGCUGUCUGAGAAUGAGGAUGUUGCCAUGGACUUCCUACACGGAGCUCUGGGGAGCGACAAGAAGCUUGGUUUCCAGCCAACGUCAGAACAUGUCCUGUUCUCCUGUUCGGUGGUGGAUGUGUUCACUCAGCUCAACCAGAGUUUUGAGAUCAUUAAGAAGCUGGAGUGUCCCAACCCACAGGCCCUGGCUCACUUCAUGUGCCGCUUUGCUAAGACCAUCAACAAGGUUCUGUUGCAGUAUGCUGCAAUCAUAACCAAGGAUUUUGGCUUGUAUCUGAACCAGGAGAAAGUGCCCUGCAUCCUCAUCAACAACAUCCAGCAGCUCAGAGUUCAGCUGGAGAAGAUGUUUGAGUCCAUGGGAGGCAAGCAGGAGGAGGGGGCUGUGUCCUUUUGCAAGCUGGAUGCUGAGGCCAGUGAACUACUGAAGGAACUGCAGAACAAACUCAACACCGUGCUCGAUGAGCUCAGUGCAGUCUUCGGCUCCAGUUUCAAACCGGUGAUUGAGGACUGUGUAAAGCAGAUGAACCAGGAAUUAGUCCAGAUGAAGGGGAGUGCUGCAGGGAAGAGCAACGCUGCCAUGGAUGCUGAGACUGUCCUCAGACCACUUAUGGACCUCCUGGAUAAAAAUUUGAUUUUAUUUGCAAAGAUCUGUGAGAAGACGGUGUUGAAACGAGUCCUGAAGGAACUGUGGAAGAUCGUCCUCAUCACUAUUGAGAGAAUGAUAGUCUUACCACCUCUCAAUGACCAGAAUCAAGGAGCCCAGAUGAUUUUCAGUGCUGCCAAGGACCUGGGACAGCUAUCCAAACUCAAGGACCAUGUGAUCAGAGAGGAAGCCCGUAGCCUGACACCAAGACAGUGCGCAGCCAUGGACCUUGUCCUUCCCACCAUCAAGCAAUAUUUCCACGCCGGAGGAAACGGUCUGAAGAAGACGUUCCUUGAGAAGAGCCCUGACCUCAAGUCCCUCAAAUACGCUCUCAGCCUUUACACACAGCCUACUGAUGCCUUGAUCAAGAAGUAUAUAUGCACCCAAACCUCUCAAGGUCAGUCUACCGACAGCUCCGUGGGGGAGGUGUCCAUGCAGGUGGAUCUCAUUUCUCACCCUGGCACUGGAGAGCACAAAGUCAACGUGAAGGUGGUGGGGGUCAACAACCUAAACUGGCAGACCAAUGCAAUGUUCCGACCGUUCGUGGAGGUGAAUGCGGUCGGGCCGCACCUCGCCGACAAGAAACGCAAGUUCACCACCAAGACCAAGAACAACAAUUGGUCACCAAAGUACAACGAAACAUUCCAAUAUGUUCUGAGCAAUGAGUACGGUCCAGAGUGCUACGAGCUGCACGUCUCAGUGAAGGACUACUGCUUCGCCAGAGAGGACCGUAUCAUCGGCAUGGCGGUGCUCCAGCUCAGAGACCUGGCCGACCAGGGGAGCUGCUGUGCAUGCUACCCCCUGGUGAAGAGCAUCUCCAUGGACGACACCGGACUCACCAUCAUGAGGAUACUCUCUCAAAGGACCAACGACGAAGUGGCCAAAGAGUUUUGUCGUCUGAAAACCGACAUACGCUCUUCAGAGGAGGUGGCCUCCUAGUAUGGAGAUGUCAGGGAGGAAGGGAUGGAAUGAAUGGAUGACUGCAUGGAAGGGAAGAGAGGAGGUGGCCUCCUAGUAUGGAGAUGUGAGGGAGGAAGGGAUGGAAUGAAUGGAUGACUGCAUGGAAGGGAAGAGAGGAGGUGGCCUCCUAGUAUGGAGAUGUGAGGGAGGAAGGGGUGGAAUGAAUGGAUGACUGCAUGGAAGGGAAGAGAGGAGGUGGCCUCCUAGUAUGGAGAUGUGAGGGAGGAAGGGAUGGAAUGAAUGGAUGACUGCAUGGAAGGGAAG